ACUCGUGCCAAGGAACAACUUGAAAUUUGUAUGGAAGACCUAAAAGAAAGGCCCUGGAUUCAUUUAGAGGCGUGCGAGCAAAUUCUUCUACUGAUUUUAGAAAAUUCUCUUGGAGAUAAAGAAACUUGCGUAAAUCAAUAUGAUAUUCGAGAUUAUUCUGAUAAAUACCCUUCUUGCGGAAUGUCAUGGCCUUAUGAUCUUACAACUGUUUCUACAUAUUUGCGGCGUGCUGAUGUUAUUGGGGCCAUUCAUGCUAGUAAACAAAAAAUUGGUUGGAUAGAAUGUAAUAAUGGUGUAGGCCGUGGCUUUGAUUAUGAUCCAAGUCCACCUGCUGUUCAGAAUCUUACCGAAAAAAAUUGGUUUGUUAAUGAUAAACCUGCUGGUCAUGUUUUAUCAGAAAGAAGGCUCACAUAUGUGGUAGUCAACAAUGCUAGUCAUAUGGUACCAUAUGACCAACCGGAAGCUAGCAUGGCUAUGAUGUAUUGGUUUAUUGGAAUUAAUAAUCAAGUUGCCGCAAAUUUAUCAUACAAGUUUGGAUUUGAGUCGAAUGCCAAAGCCUCAACUCCAAUUUCAGAUAUAAAUGGUACAAUUGCUGAUAGUGGUGAUAAUGAAAUAUUGGAUCGAUAUUACAACGC